CACUGUUGGCAGUCGAGAACAGGCAACCCCAUGUUUACAGUUUACUAGUGGACAGGAAGAAACAAAUCACAAGAUUGUUACGUCAGGUGGACAACAAUGGUAACAAUGCAUUGCAUCUUGCUGCUAAAUGUGGAAGUCAGAGGCCAUGGCUUACUCCUGGUGCCGCACUACAAAUGCAGUGGGAACUCAAGUGGUACAAGUUUGUCCAAAAUUACAUGCCACCUCGUUCAUGUGUUCGCUACAACAAAGAAGGUCAGAUACCACAGGAUAUCUUCACAACUUCACACAAAGAUCUUCGAACAGAAGGCAGUAAUUGGCUCGUCAAAACCUCCGAAUCAUGCUCUGUGGUUGCUGCGCUCAUUGCAACAGUUGCCUUCGCAACAUCAGCAUCUGUACCGGGCGGGCUCGAUGAUAAUACUGGUUCACCGGUUUUCAAAGACAAGCCGGCAUUCAAUGCCUUCACCAUCUCGUCACUGCUUGCUCUAUGCUUGUCAGUAACUGCCCUGGUCUUCUUUCUAACCAUUAUUACGUCUCGAUACGAAGCGCAUGAUUUUUCCAUCAGCUUGCCCCGGAAACUUUUGCUGGGUUUAACAUCACUCUUCGCAUCCAUAGCUGCCGUGUUAGUCUCAUUCUGUACUGGCCAUAUUUUUCUCCUUGAUCGACACCUCAGACAUGUGGCAUAUCCAUUAUAUGCAGCGACUUGCUUGCCGGUUACCAUUUUUGCUCUUGCCCAGUUGUCCCUCUACUAUGAUCUCAUAAGGGUCAUCUUCAGAAGGGUUCCACAGCGCAGCUACAAGGAAUAUAGACACUAAUUAAGUGGGACUCGAUCAUCUAUUUGGCGCUAUAAAUAAAUUGUGUGUUUUCCAAGUG